AUGCCGGGGUUUCGAGGAUCGAGGACAGCAGGUUCGCAGCGUGGUUCACGCGUGCAGUGGCGCCUGUGUGCAGACUACGAGUGUUUGAAGGGGCAGAUGCAGGCCGGGCGGGCGAGGAUUAAACGAACGCCGUGUCGGUGCUGUGGGGGUGUCUGGCGCUGGGCCGUAGGGGUGUGCUGGCUCUCUUCUUCUGGCAAAGUGGAGAUCGAAGAAGAGUCUCCGGAAAAGACUUGCGGCUCGCAAGUGCUGGAGGAGGUCGCUGCCAUUAAAGACGCCGAAGGAGAGACGUCUGACAGCUGGUGGCCUUUCUCGUCGCACGGCGACACAAAGCUCUCACUCAGCACUUUUAGGCGCAAAACAUCUCAGCAGCUGUCCCUCUCAACGUACCACUGCGAGCGGCAUGGUGGGCCUGUUCCUAGAAAUUGCACCUCGCUUGGUGCUAGCCUCGAUGACGAAUACCUAUGCCCUACCCAGCCCUUAACAACUUGUAAAGAUCAUCAAGGCAGAUCUGUAAAGGGGCAGGAACGUUGUUUGGCAUGUCUGUGUCUUGCACCAUCAGCAUGGACUGAGGCGAGACUGACACAGGUCCAUGCAGGAGAUGCUGAUGGCGUCCACGUUGCCUUACAAAUGCGGCUUCUCACCGCAUCCGUCGGUCACAUCUCCACGAUCUGAGAUUCGAUGUCGUGUUUGACAGAUCUUUCCACCUGGUUAGGCAUGAAGAUGAUCCCGCCUGUACUUGUGGCAGAACCAUGGCUGAAUUGGGAUGCAUUCGUGAUGUUACCUCGGCGGAUUAAAAGCGGCCAUGCACGCAGGGCUCAGACGGCAGGCGCCUCACCAUCGAGGAUAGCCCGCACAAACGAUACUUCUCGAAGUCACAGCUUCUUCUUAACGGAUACUUGCUGUGCGCCUCCACGAAUGCAAGUUUGGUAGUGACAUUGUGUUAGAACGGGACUGCAUGAACC